AUGCCUCGUCUUUGUGUCUCAAUGCUGCUCUGGGUCGUCCUGCUGGGUCUCCUCUCUCUAAUAGGGGCUGAGGAAACAGCAGGAGGAGAAGGAAAAGCAGCAGAUUUGGGGCGUGAGAAGCGCAGCAUGCCCAACUGGGCUCUGACCUCCUCUGACUUCUUCGGCUGGGUGGAGGCUCUGCGCGAGUACGCUGGUUAUGAGAAGAUUGAAGACCUGUCCAGAACCUUCUGGGCACACUUCCCCUCCGCCAGCCGCCUGGGCUAUGAGCUGUCCGACCCUGACGAGGAGUGAGGAACCACAAUCACAAAUAUAAAAACUGGUGAAGGAUCA